GUUAUAUACUAGUAGAAAUAAAAUGAGUAAGAUUACUAAAGCGAUGGAGUCGUCCUCCGACGCCGUGGAUGCUGCAGUUUUGCGUAUUGCAGAGCUACUCAGAUCACCUGAUGACUUAGUAAAGACCAGUCUCUUACGUAAGAGGCUUGCGAUAGAAAAAGCUACCAUUGAUGCUCAACUAAAAUCUGGAGUAAAAGCGCAACUAGAUAAUACCCAGGAAGGUAUUGACAAGCUAACUUCUUCUAGAAAACAAAUGUUCAUCAUAAAAGAAAAUAUGCAAGCUAUCGAUCGCUUAUGCUCAGAAGCACAAGAUAUGAUUCAGCAUUUUCCACGGAUUAAUAAGAUUUCUCAAAUACAUCGCAAUUUUGUUGCUACACAAGAAACUGCACAAAAAUUACAAGAAAUGUAUUCGACAGUUGAUCAAAUACAAAACCUGUUACAACAAGAUAAACAAAAUAUAAUGGGGCCUGCAGAGAAUUUGCUGCUUAUUCAUUAUCAGCUUUUCAGACUCCAAGAAUUUCGGGAUAAUACUAUGCAUCAGGCAAAAAAUACAUCACAAGAUGAUGUCAUACUCAUAUUAGAACAAUAUUUCAAAAGGUUAGAUGAAUUGUCCAAUGAAUUUGUUGAAUAUCUUUGGGCAUUAACAAAAAACAUGAUUGAAUUAGUCAAGGUAGGCCAAGGAUCUGUGAUAGUACGUGUAGUUAAAAUUAUCGAAACGGAGGAAAGAGCGGAUGAAAGAGCAACAGCAGCAGAACAUGCACGAUAUAGUCACCAAGACCUCGCUACCAAAUUUAAAUCUAUUCAAGCAAGUCCACGUGUCAUUAGAUCUUAUAGGAGCCAAUUUCAGGAUAAGCUGCAUGAUUCUAUUUCUGAAUUAUUUGAAAGGUUUUAUAAUGAGUUUCGAGACGAUCAUAUGAGAUUAUUAGACGAAAUGGAAUUUAUAUAUGAUCAUCUUGAAUUAGUAUAUCAAGAAAUUGUCCCACGAUUUCCAACCAAAUAUAAUAUCUUUUCC